AUGGCCACGAAGAGCGCGCACAGCACCUACCUGAAGUUGGAGUAUGAGCUGGAGCGCUGCCGCGCCGAAGGCCAAUGGGACCGGGUGUCCUCACUCAUCUUUCAGCUGCAGAGCAUCCCGUACACCGUCAGCGGCCGCCGCUCCGGGAGCCGUAGCUUCUGCCUCACCAAGCAGGACUUCGAUGACUUUGGGAAGCUCCUCCUCGCAGAGGUCAUGCUGGAGCAGUGUUUGAAGGAGAACAUUGCUUACAUUAAAGAAUGCGUCCCUUUGGUGGAGAAGAACCUGCCCCAAAUAUGUGAAGCCAAAAAGUAUCUGACUAGCAUCCUCAACAAAGGGAAAUUGUCGCCGCAGUAUAUGCGAGAGGCCAUGCUGAUCCUGGGAAAGCUGCAUUACGUGGAGGGGUACUACAGGGACGCAGUCAGCAUGUACGCUCUGGCUGGCAUUGACAGCAUGUCUGUGGAGAACGGGCCUCUGUACCAAAUGCGGCUGGUGACCGAAGCGUUUGUGAUUAAAGGCCUGUCCCUCGAACGCCUGCCCGUCUCUGUGGCCUGCCAAGCCCGACUCAAUGAGAGGGAAGAAGAAGCUCUCCUUUGUUUUGAGAGGGCAUCCUGGAUUGCUCAGGUGUUUUUGCAAGAGCUGGAAAAGUCCUCAAAUUAUCUCCAUUCAAGGGGCCCAAAAGGCUACAACCCAACAGCAACCCUGCAGGAUUUUGAGCUGACAUACUUCCUGGAAGCAGCCCUCCAGAGUGCCUACGUGGCCAACUUAAAGAAGGGGAACAUCGUGAAAGGCAUGAGCGAGCUUCGGGAAAUGUUGCGGACUGUGGAGACUAGAGCAACGCAGAACUUCAAAGUGACUGCAGCAAAGCAGCUGGCCGGAGUCCUCCUUCACAACCUGAGUGAGGACUGCUACUGGGGUCCCCUGUCACACCCUCUGCCUGAGUUUAUGGGCAAAGAGCAGAAUUCCUUCAUCACUCAGCCUCUGAGGAAGCCUAAUCUCUACACCGGAAACAAUCUCUACUGCCCACAGGACAACAUCGAGGAGGCUCUCUUGCUUCUUCUCAUCAGUGAGUCCAUGGCAACCCGGGAAGUGGUUCUGAGCCAUUCACCUGAACAGGAAAAGGAACGACUUGUCAGUCUUCAGGCUGCCUCUGCAGUCUACGACCUCCUGAGCAUCACGUUGGGCAGAAGAGGGCAGUAUGUCAUGCUUUCUGAGUGCCUUGAGCGGGCCAUCAGGUUUGCCUGUGAAGAGUUCCACCUCUGGUAUCAACUGGCCCUGUCCAUGGUGGCUUCUGGGAAGUCGUCCUAUGCUGUGUCCGUGCUGAAGGAGUGCUCAAAGCUUCGUCCUUCUGACCCCACUGUGCCCCUCCUGGCUGCCAAGGUCUGCAUCCAGCCCCUUCACUGGUUGGAAGAGGCAGAGCAGUUUGCCAAGAUGGUCAUUGACCUGAAGGAGGACGCGGGGGGCCUCCUCCCCAAAGGUUACCUGGCACUGGGCCUCACCUACAGCCUCCAGGCAACAGACGCGACGCUGAAGUCCAGGCAAGACGAACUGAACAAGAAAGCCCUUGAAAUGUUAGAGAGAGCUCUGGCCCUGGACCCUGAUGACCAUCGCAUCAUUCUCUAUGUCUCCCUGCAGCUGGCCCUCAUCAGACAGAUCCCUGAUGCCAUAGAGCAACUACAAGAGUCCCUGAACAUAUGCAAAGAUGAUGUCCAUGCCCUCCACCUGUUGGCACUGCUCUUCUCUGCCCAGAAGCACUACCAGCAAGCCCUGGAAGUCAUCCACAUGGCAGUGACUGAGUACCCAGAAAACUUCAACCUGAUGUUCACGAAGGUGAAGCUGGAAUGUGUCUUCAAAGGCCCAGAGGAGGCUCUCGUGACCUGCAGACACAUGCUCCAAACAUGGCAGUCCCUGUACAACAUCUCUCAGCUCGGGGGCUCUGACAAGAAUUCCAGCCUUACUGAGGUACAGGUGCCAAAGAAACAAGGUGGAAUGCAUUUGACCCUGCCUGAUAACUAUGAUAAUGAAUCAGGAUCUUACACCGCUUCCUCCAUCGCAGCAUCCCGGCUGGAGGAGGCCAUGUCUGAGCUGACGGUGCAAAAUUCAGCCAUGAAGCAAGGACCCGCGCCAUUGUGGAACACUCUGGAGAGGAUCUGGCUCCAGGCAGCCAAACUUUUCAUGGAGCAACGGCACCUCAAAGAAGCACGCUUCUGCAUCCAGGAGGCGUCGAGCCUCUUCCCCACAUCUUAUUAUGUGAUCUACAUGCGGGGGAGACUGGAAGAGAUGAAAGGCAAUUUAGAGGAGGCAAAGCAACUGUACAAUGAAGCCUUGACCGUGAAUCCUAAUGGGGUGAAAAUCAUGCACAGCCUGGGUCUCAUGCUCAGCAGACAGGGGCGGCAGGACCUGGCCCAGAAGGUGCUGAGAGACGCUAUCCAGAUCCAGAGCACCAGCCACAAGGCAUGGAACGGCCUCGGUGAAGUCCUGCGGGCCCAGGGCAAGAACGAAGCCGCCGUGGAAUGCUUCCUCACCGCCCUCGACCUGGAGGCCAGCAGCCCCAUCGUCCCCUUCACCGUCAUCCCCCGGGAGCUCUGAGCGAGGCCGGGCGCCGAGGGGCUCCGUGCCCAGCUGGGGCGGGAGCUAGAGGAUAGCCAAAGGGAAUGUCACUCUGGAGCCUGGCAUCCAAAACACGUGCUGUGCCCCUUUGGGCUCCAAGGGAAAGGAUUAGAUUUAGCCUGGCUGA